AUGGAUCUGCUUUUUAUGAACAUCGAUCUUCUUUCGCUGACCUCCGAAAUCGGCUACGUAGAAGACGGAGUCUACAAACCCGACGAGAACUGUUCAGAAACCCUUGCGCAAAUCAACGAACUCAUUCAAGAAGACGACGAACUUGGAAGCAUGCGGCAGCAACUCGCCGCCUCGAAUAUCUUCGAAACGGAUCUUCUCCCGCUUUUCGAGCAUCAAAACGACGAAGACGCGAUUUUCGACCCGCUGAUCAAGUUCAUGUCUGCGAUCACGUGUCCUCUCUCGACGAAAGCCAACGACAAGGUCCACUCGGUCAACAAGAAAAUCAUGGACGACCACCAAGAAGCGUUCAAGAGGCAAUUCGCCAAGGCGGUUUAUUGGGUCAGGAUUCGGGAAAAGAUCGAAAAGGGGCUGAAAAAGGAGUACACCAAAUCUCUCAAAGAAGUAACUGGCUAUUCGUUCAAUCUCGUCCGAAAUCUGAUCGACAUCGACAGCGAGUUCGGAAACGAGCGGACUCUGUGCUGCUUCGCCGACUCGGGAAUAGCCAAAUUGAUUCAGUUCGUCGGCCUCGAAGAAAAAAUGAACAUCUGGCACCUCCACGUGACGGAAAUUAUCUACAGUCUCUACAAGGACAUCAUUCAAAGCUCGCUCAAAAUGGAGACGACGCUGGAUCCUCUGUCUUUCAAGCGAUUCACUUCAGCUCCUCGCAAAUUGGAUGAUUGCUCCAUUGACUACUCACCGGCCAUGGACCACCGUCUCUCGAUCUGCGACCAAAUCAAAGGCACGACCACGCUUUUCCUGCGCUUUUACAUGGAUAGUUUCUACGAAUCGACCUCCGAAGUGUUACUCACUUCCCUUCGCAAGAAAAUCGACUCGGUGGGCAGAAACUCGAAGCAUGCUAUCGCCGGAAUGUGUCUUUGGUUCAUCCGCUUCUUGGGCUUUUUCGAGGCAGAGCUGAAAGAAUUCAGCACGGUUGAGCGACUCAACAGAAUAAAUACGAUUGGCAUCGAUUUGGCUGAUAGUCUUGUUCCCCUCACCGAGAGAAACGACGAUUUCCUCAACCACGCCAGCCUUUUCUUCCUCGCCUUCGCCCAAAUUGCUCGAGAAAACGCUCAGUUCAAAGAAUUCACCGACGUAAACCUCAAAAUCCAAGCAAUAACGAAUGCCAAGCUCAGAACUCUCAUUCAAAGUAAAAAUUUGGCGGAACAAAAAUUGGGAAUCGCCAUGUGCGCUUGUUUGAUAAUGACAACGACGAAAGAGGAAGAGGAAUCGACUCUUUCCGUGGUGAAAGAAAUGGAAAUUGUCAAAUCAGUGCUUCUGUUUAUCGAGCACGAACACCCCGCCAAAAUCGAUGAUGUGCUGGUCACUGCCAUUUACGACGUUCUCGAAAUCUUCUCGACGAGUAUUAAAGAACUAACGACGCCGCAUUUCAUGAAACUGGUGCUUCUCAAAAGCGAAACUUCGCAUCCGCUUCCGUCAAAAAUCUGCCGAAUAAUCAACGAAUCAACUUCGAGCGAAGUCGAACUUCGCCAAAAACUCGAAAAUCUCAGCGCUGGAGAUGCCGAUCUUCUCCGAGAACUAUGCGUGCUAUUUUCUGUCAGCAAUGAGCCGAUUUCGAAAAAACGAGCGACGGAGAUUGGCGAUGUUCAGCCCGUUCUGCAUGAAAAGUAUCAGGCGCUGCUGAAUGAUUCUUCAAAGGUUGCAUUUUUCAAGUGGCUUCGCGAAAUCGCCCUCUCGCCUUCUUCUUCAAAUAAUUCUUCUCUCUUGCUUUUCGAAAAGGCCCCGGCGCCAGUUUUGGAAAUGCUCGACAAUCCUGAAAUUCAGGACUUUUUAUCCGACCUUGGCUGUCUCAGAAAUCAGUCGGGAAAUUGGCACUCUCCAAAAGAAAGCGUUUUGGAGAAAAUGCGGAACUUGACUGAAACGAUGGCGAAUGUCAAUUGCGGCGUCGACACGAUUGCUGCUUUGACUGCGAGAUCACUGACGGCGCAGAAAAAGAAGAAAAAACGAGGAAUUGGCAAAAACAAAAACGAAGGAAAAUCCGCCGAUCUGAGCCAGAAAAAAUUUUCAACAACUCCAAGCUCCAUUUUCGGCGUCCGCCGCGCUCCACCUCCACAACUCUCAAACUGA